CACUAAAUCCUCUGGAUGAUCCAUCAAAAUAUUUCAGCAGCACAAGUCUUGCUUUCAGGGGAAUUGUCAAGCCUUAAAUCUUGGAAACAGUCGUUGAAGGGCCAGUAUGCAGUUCUUCGUGAUGUUGCUCUUGGCUUCUCUGGAUAUGGCCACUGCUGCAUUGAGAUCACGAGAGUGGGCUCAUCAUGGAGCUUUGAUGUUUGCUGAUCUCACUCCUAGAGAGAUGAAUGCCGUGAGGGACUACCUCUACUCCUGCAGUGAGAUGGGUCUCACCUCGGCACGAGCAAAGACCCUCAAGAAGAACAGCAUACUCUUAAUGGAGCUACAUGUUCCUCGUAAACACGAGGCUCUUCAUGUGCUGGACAGAGGGCAGGCAAAACCUCCACGACAAGCACGUGUGGUGGUGCAGUUCGGUAACCAGGUGAAGCCCAAUGUGACUGAGUACAUCAUUGGUCCCUUGCCUUUCCCGAGUUCCUACCACAUCAAGUCGUUCAAGGGUGACCAGCUCAUCCGUUUUGAGUCAAGACCGGUUUCUUCUGUGGAGUACAAGCACCUCAAUGGGGUUUUGGAGAAGGUAGCUGCCAAAACAAAUAAGAUUCUGUAUGAAAGCACAGGCUUUACCUAUGGCAACUGCACUGACCGCUGUUUAACCUUCUCAGACAUUGCUCCAAGAGGGUUGGCAUCCGGUGAGAGACGGACAUGGGUUAUGUUGCAGAAGUUUGUGGAAGGCUACUAUAUCCACCCCAUCGGCUUUGAGGUCCUCAUUAACCACAAAGAUUUGGAUCAUGAGAAGUGGACAGUAGACAAGGUGUGGUACAACGAGCAGUAUUUUGACAGUGUGGAAGAACUAGUGGAGAAGUACGAGAAGGGUACGAUCUCUAAACUCAAGCUGCCUGAGCAUGAUGAGCAGGAUCUUUUCUCCACCUACAUUCCUCGAGGACACAUGAACACACGGACCAACAUCCACGGGGCAAAGCUUGUGGAACCCCAAGGCCCCAGGUACCAGGUGGAUGGGAACUUUGUAGAAUAUGCGGGAUGGUCCUUUGCCUACCAUGUUCGAUCCUCAGCUGGGCUUCAGAUCUUUGACCUGCGCUUCAAUGGGGAAAGAAUUGCCUAUGAGAUUGGUCUGCAGGAAGCCAUUGCCUUCUACUCUGGAGAUACGCCAGCCGCCAUGCAGACUAAGUACAUUGAUGCAGGGUGGUCAAUGGGCACCUUGGAUUAUGAGUUGGCGCCAGGGAUUGACUGUCCAGAAAUUGCCUAUUUUGUGGACCUUUAUCAUUACUAUGACACCGACAAACCUGUGCGGUACAAAAAUGCUCUCUGCAUCUUUGAGAUGACCACAGGACUUCCUCUGAGGAGACACUUUAAUAGUAACUUCCAAGGAGGCUAUAAUUUCUUUGGAGGCCUGGAAAGCCACGUUUUGGUGAUUAGAACCACAUCUACAGUGUAUAACUAUGACUACAUCUGGGACUUUAUCUUCUACCAGAAUGGUGUGAUGGAGUCUAGAGUGAGUGCCACUGGGUAUAUCCAUGCAACAUUCUUCACAGAAAAUGGACUGAACUAUGGAACCAGGGUUUACAACUAUGUACUUGGUAACCUGCACACACACCUGAUUCAUUACAAAGUGGACCUUGACAUAGCAGGACGAGACAACAGCUUUGAAUCAAUUGAGCUGAAAUAUGUCAACUUUACCAACCCCUGGAGUCCGGAGCACACAGUUCUGCAGUCAAAACUGCAUAAGACACAGCAUGAAACCGAACGCAGUGCUGCAUUCCGCUUUGGCAAGAAUCUCCCCAAAUAUCUGCACUUCUACAAUCCCAACCAAAAUAACAAGUGGGGGCAUAAGAGGGGCUAUCGAAUCCAGUAUAACUCACAUGCCAAUAGUGUUUUGCCACGUGGCUGGAGGGAGGAAAAUGGUAUUUCAUGGUCAAGAUACCCACUGGCUGUAACCAGACACAAAGACAGUGAGGUCAGCAGCAGUAGCAUCUACACACAGAAUGACCCAUGGGAACCUCUUGUGACCUUUGAGAAUUUCAUUCGCAACAAUGAAAACAUUGUUAACCAGGAUUUGGUUGCCUGGGUAACGGUCGGAUUCUUACACAUUCCUCAUUCUGAAGACAUCCCCAACACAGCGACUCCAGGAAAUGCAGUGGGAUUCUUCCUGCGUCCCUUCAACUUUUUUGACGAAGACCCCUCACUUGCAUCCCACAGCACCAUUAUUGUGCGACCUGAUGAAAAGGGCCAGCCAAAGGUUCAGAGGUGGACUCCGGAGGUCGUAGGUCACUGUGUCUCAGACAAGCCAUUCUUCUACAACGGCACAUACAGCAGCGUCUAGACAGAGACUGAAGCUCAUUUCAUGUCAUGUUAAAGUGUUUUUGUACUGUAUAUAAAAUGUUACAAAAAGCUCAGAAUGUAGGACAUUAAAUUCUCUUUAGAACCAUAAAUAAUGGAGUGCACUUUUUACAUUAUCCAGGGAGUUAAUCAAACAAAACCUAACAUUAUUGAAGUGUAGAAUAUAUUAAAAACAGCAUCAACAAAACGCAGAAUUCUUUACAACCUAAAUAUGAUAAUAUAAUGAUUAGUAUUUUGUCAAUAUUAAUAUAUAUAUAUAUUAUAAUGUUUAUGUUUUAGGAUGAAUCUCAUGAAAACAUGUCCAAGUCAUAUUUUACAUAAAAAUGAAAAAAUAAGAAAUUAUAUUUUGCAUAGACAAAAUAAAGCCUUUGAGCAUUAAGAUGUUUUGCAUUGUAAAAUUAUUUAGGCACCUUUCCCCUAACUCCCUCAAAUUCCCUUUUUUCAAACAAUGUGUCCAUAUGUUUGGUUUUUUUUAUUAUUUUUUUAUUUUUAAAAUUUUCAUUAUCAAAGUAAUGAAAAUCAUCCUGCCUGGACACAAUUAUUUUCUAUUAUUAAAAUCAGUAAUAAUUAAAUGUAGUACAACAGAUACUACUAUGAUGUAUGCUAACAAAUGUACUUAACAAAUUUACAUUUACAGUUAAAAUAAUAUAUCAUCAAUUUUGUUGCAUUACAACAACAAUACAACAAAAAAAUGGCUUCAUUUGCAUAACUGGCUAAAUUCUUUUGAUUUGAUUUCGGGAUGAAACAUGACCAGGGCAUUUUUCAUGAGAUUCUCCUAUUGCGUGUUUUAGAAAAUAAAAAUGUGUAAUAGUUAAGUGCACACACGUGUAUAAAGUCAUGUACACUUGAGUGCUGUUUGUUUAUAUUUGCUGUAAUGUUAACUGCAUUGUGUGAGGUAUGAUGGAGUGAUUGGAUAAUUAAGAAACAGGGGUGACUUACACAAACAGCUCUGUUCUGGAAUCUCUCAGCAAACAGUCCAGAAUUCAUCUGCAGUGUCUCCUUGGAAACCUGCAAGAGAAAGACAGAGAGAGAGACAGAUUCAUGUGAUGUGAAUGAAUGAACUCAUAAGAAUCAUAAUUACCCUCCCACUAAUCUUACAAUAAUCUGUGUGAAUAAAUAUAUUAGAAUAUUUGUUCUGCUUCCAUAUUUCAAGAGGGACAUAAAU